AAUAAAUAAAAAUGAAAGGGUCGUCUAUUCGGCGUUUUUUACCACCUGUGGAAGCGUCCCCAUAAUUCAUUUUUCCUGACUCCAGUAAUAAGAAUUAUACCAAAUUGAAAAGAUAUGAAUGAGUAUCCUAAAAAAAGAAAAAGGAAGACUUUACACCCUUCUCGUUAUUCAGACUCCUCUGGAAUAAGCAGAAUUGCAGAUGGAUUCAAUGGAAUUUUUUCUGAUCAUUGUUAUAGUGUCUGUUCUAUGAGACAGCCAGACUUAAAAUAUUUUGACAACAAAGACGAUGAUUCUGAUACCGAGACAUCAAAUGACUUACCAAAAUUUACAGAUGGAAUCAAGGCCAGGAACAGAAAUCAGAACUAUCUGGUUCCCAGUCCUGUACUUAGAAUUCUAGACCACACUGCCUUUUCUGCAGAAAAGUCUGCUGCUAUUGAAAUUUGUGAUGAAGAGUGUGACUCACCUGAAUCAGUCAACCAGCAAACUCAAGAGGAGAGUCCUAUAGAAGUUCACGCUGCUGAAGAUGUUCCGAUUGCCGUAGAAGUACAUGCGAUUUCUGAAGAUUAUGAUAUAGAGACAGAAAACAAUUCCUCUGAGAGUAUCCAAGACCAUAUUGAUGAAGAACCACCAGCUAAACUCUGUAAAAUUCUUGACAAGAGCCAAGCUUUGAAUGUGACUGCCCAGCAGAAAUGGCCUUUGCUGAGAGCUAAUAGCAGUGGCCUCUAUAAAUGUGAACUUUGUGAGUUCAACAGCAAAUAUUUUUCUGACUUAAAGCAGCAUAUGAUCCUGAAGCAUAAACGUACUGACUCAAAUGUGUGUCGAGUAUGCAAGGAAAGUUUCUCUACCAACAUGCUUCUGAUAGAACAUGCCAAACUACCAGAAGACUUGCAGCACGUAGUAAAUGAACAUGCAUGUAAACUAAUAGAGUUAAGUGAUAAGUACAAUGGAGAACACGGACAGUACAGCCUCUUAAGCAAAAUUACUUUUGACAAAUGUAAAAUUUUUGUAUGUCAAGUAUGUGGCUUUCGGAGUAGACUUCAUACAAAUGUUAACAGGCAUGUUGCUAUCGAGCAUACGAAAAUCUUUCCUCACGUUUGUGAUGACUGUGGGAAAGGCUUUUCAAGUAUGCUAGAAUAUUGCAAGCAUUUAAAUUCACAUUUAUCCGAAGGAAUUUAUUUAUGUCAAUAUUGCGAAUAUUCAACAGGACAGAUUGAAGAUCUUAAAAUUCAUCUUGAUUUCAAGCAUUCAGCUGACUUGCCUCAUAAGUGUAGUGACUGCUUGAUGAGGUUUGGAAAUGAAAGGGAAUUAAUAAGCCACCUUCCAGUUCAUGAGACAACUUGAUUAUUCUUUCUAACUUACAGAAUGCUGAUGUAAAAUAAUGAAUUCAACCUUUUUUGGAGAUGUUAAAAUAGAUGGUUGUAAAUACAGCUUAUAAAAGUUGCCCUUU